AUGAAGAGGAGGAAGACUAAAGUGAUAGACUGUGUUUAUGACAACACUUUCGCCUCCUCCUCGUCUGGUGCGGAGGUGAUGUGUUCAGACUUACUGAACCGUCCAGUCCUGUCCCUCUCUGUGACUGUGGGGGCCUCCCAGGUCCAGGACUCCCAGGCCCAGGACUCCCAGGCCCAGGUCUCCCAGGCCCAGGACUCCCAGGCCCAGGUCUCCCAGGUCCAGGUCUCCCAGGUCCAGGUCUCCCAGGUCGGGGUGCAGGUGGUGCGUGUGCAGUUGGGGUCUCAGUUCUCGGUCCAGUGCUCGGUGAAGCCUCAGUUCCCAGGAGGCUCCUUCCAGCUGCUCUCUCCCUCUGGGAACCACACCCUGCCUGCUGUCAAUCACUCUGCACACGUCAGACAGACGUCAGUAGGUCAGACAGACGUCAGUAGGUCAGACAGACGUCAGUGGGUCAGACAGACGUCAGUAGGUCAGACAGACGUCAGUGGGUCAGACAGACGUCAGUGGGUCAGACAGACGUCAGUAGGUCAGACAGACGUCAGUAGGUCAGACAGACGUCAGUGGGUCAGACAGACGUCAGUAGGUCAGACAGACGUCAGACAGACGUCAGUAGGUCAGACAGACGUCAGUAGGUCAGACAGACGUCAGUGGGUCAGACAGACGUCAGUAGGUCAGACAGACGUCAGUGGGUCAGACAGACGUCAGUGGGUCAGACAGACGUCAGUAGGUCAGACAGACGUCAGUAGGUCAGACAGACGUCAGUGGGUCAGACAGACGUCAGUAGGUCAGACAGACGUCAGUGGGUCAGACAGACGUCAGACAGACGUCAGUAGGUCAGACAGACGUCAGUGGGUCAGACAGACGUCAGUGGGUCAGACAGACGUCAGUAGGUCAGACAGACGUCAGUGGGUCAGACAGACGUCAGUGGGUCAGACAGACGUCAGUGGGUCAGACAGACGUCAGUGGGUCAGACAGACGUCAGUGGGUCAGACAGACGUCAGUGGGUCAGACAGACGUCAGUGGGUCAGACAGACGUCAGUAGGUCAGACAGACGUCAGUGGGUCAGACAGACGUCAGUGGGUCAGACAGACGUCAGUAGGUCAGACAGACGUCAGUAGACAGACGUCAGUAGGUCAGACAGACGUCAGUAGGUCAGACAGACGUCAGUGGGUCAGACAGACGUCAGUGGGUCAGACAGACGUCAGUAGGUCAGACAGACGUCAGUGGGUCAGACAGACGUCAGUGGGUCAGACAGACGUCAGUAGACAGACGUCAGUAGGUCAGACAGACGUCAGUAGGUCAGACAGACGUCAGUGGGUCAGACAGACGUCAGUGGGUCAGACAGACGUCAGUGGGUCAGACAGACGUCAGUGGGUCAGACAGACGUCAGUGGGUCAGACAGACGUCAGUAGGUCAGACAGACGUGAGUGGGUCAGACAGACGUCAGUGGGUCAGACAGACGUCAGUAGGUCAGACAGACGUCAGUGGGUCAGACAGACGUCAGUAGGUCAGACAGACCCCGGAGCGACCCGGGGGGAGAGGGCCCAGAGGGAGGGGAGCGACCCGGGGGAGAGGGCCCAGAGGGAGGGUAGCAACCCGGGGGGAGAGGGCCCAGAGGGAGGGGAACGACCCGGGGGAGAGGGCCCAGAGGGAGGGGAACGACCCGGGGGAGAGGGCCCAGAGGGAGGGGAGUGA